CAGACAGGUGGAGGAGACGUCCUCCAGCACCGUGGUGGCUGUGGACCGGGCAGGACUGGGCUGGGGCUGCAGGAGCGGUGGCCGCUGUCCGGUGCUCGGAUCCUCCUGCAGCCGCUGGAUUCACAGUAUGAGAGCAGAUCCGUGCAGAAACAUGCAGUGUUCGAUUCUCCCGAGCCUCCACACGCUGGACACUUCACCGUGGACGCGGGGAGGACGAGGGAUGUAGCUGCUGUGGAUUAACGAGGAGCACACAUGGACUUGGCUUUUUCAUUUAUGUUUCUCCCUCUCUGCGGAGAUUGUCGGCUGUGAUCUUGAACCACCCUCGGCCCGGCCAUGGAGAACCCAGCAGCCGAGCCGCAGAGCUACGAGGACGUGCAGAAGAGCGGGUACCUCCGCAAGCACAAAUCAAUGCACCGGCGCUUCUUCGUGCUCAGGGCGGCCUCGGAGCACGGUCCGGCUCGGCUCGAGUACUACGAGAACGAGAAGAAAUUCCGCAGCAAAUCGCCCGUGCCCAAGAAAGUCCUGAGCCUGGAGACCUGCUUCAACAUCAACAAGCGGGCGGAUUCCAAGAACAAGCACAUGAUCGUGCUCUACACCCGCAGCGAGAGCUUCGCCAUCGCCGCAGACAGCGAGGAGGCGCAGGACGAGUGGUACCAGGCGAUGCUGGACCUCCAGGGCGACUGUAAAACUCCUGAAGACUAUGGCAGUAGUGGAGAGUGUAGCUCUCCGUCUCCUGUUCCAACCUUCAAGGAGGUGUGGCAGGUCAAGGUUUGGCCUAAAGGUCUUGGACACGCCAGGAACUUGGUGGGCAUCUACCGGCUGUGCCUAACCGACAAAACUGUCAACUUUGUCAAGCUUAACUCGGAUGUGGCCGCUGUGGUGUUGCAGCUGAUGAAUGUUCGCAGGUGUGGCCAUUCAGAGAACUUUUUUUUCAUCGAGGUGGGUCGCUCGGCGAUAACCGGCCCUGGAGAGUUCUGGAUGCAGGUGGAUGACUCUGUCGUGGCUCAGAACAUGCAUGAGACCCUGCUGGAGGCCAUGAAGGCCCUGAGUGAGGAGUUCCGUCAGAGGAGUAAAUCUCAGUCUGUAGGAACGUCAUGUGGAGGUGGUACCGCCUCAAAUCCCAUCAGUGUUCCGAGCCGUCGUCAUCAUCCAAAUCUGCCGCCAAGCCAGGUGGGCUUCUCCAGACGAGCCCGCACAGAGACCCCAGGAGGCAGCAGCACGAGCACUUCACCUACAUCACGCCACGGGUUUCCGAGGGCGCGAACAGCCAGCAUCGGGGCCAGGUCGGAGGAGAGUGGAGCAAGUGCCAAAGGGACAUGGGCCAGUUCCAGUCCAAGUCUUAAUGGAUCCUGCUCUACUACGCCAACGCUGAGGACCAAACCCACCAGGGCCCCAACCCCUGCUAAGAUUACCCUCAGCCUUGCACGUUACACGCCCAACCCUGCUCCCUCACCCGCACCAAGUCUGUCCUCCAGCUCUGGUCAUGGAUCAGAGUGUGGCCUAGUGGGGGCAGCAGUGGGAGGCAUCACGGUCUGCUCCUACCCUCGGGUUUCUCAGAGAGUCUCUGUUUCAGGCUCACCAAGCGACUACGGCUCCUCAGAUGAGUAUGGUUCCAGUCCUGGGGAACACUCUCUGCUGGUCCCCAGUCUGUCUGGACAUCAUGUACACGGAGAAGGCUCCUCCAGCUAUAUAGUCAUGGGACAGCGAGAGGGUCUCCUCGGUUCCCACCAUCGCUCCAAAGGCCGACGGAUUACGCGGCGCUCAUCCAGUCGAGAAGCUGAGGCAGAGCGCAGACUACUAAGUAAGAGGGCGUCCCUGCCUUUGGCAGCCCAUGAACGGCUGACUCCACACAGAAAAGAUGAAGAUGAGGAAGAUGAGGAAGAAUAUGCCAUCAUGUCACAGAGUGCUAACAGGCAGAGAGCUGAUUUGCACCAUGCCUCAGGGGGUCUGGCAGGUGGGGGUGGGCACCGUGAUAUAACAGGGGAGAAUAGGAAGAGGGCUGACAAAAGCAGGGGAGGGGUGGAUGCAAGAGCAGCUGUGGAUACUGGCUACAUGUCAAUGCUGCCUGGAGUGACUUCUCCUCCUGGUUCACUUCCUCUCUCAAUAGGUAUGUCUGAAUCUAGUGCUAAACCUGGGGCAGGUGAUGAGUACAUGGCUAUGACCCCCAACAAUAGUGUGUCCCCUCCUCAGCACAUCCGCCAGCCCAGCUCAGAAGGCUACAUGGUCAUGUCCCCCAACAGCAGCAGUUCCACAGACCUGCAUGGACUGGGCAUGUGGGAUAGCGGGGCCAGCAUAGAGAGCCGGGCUGCCAGUGACUACAUGAACAUCUCACCUGUCAGCAGUCGCUCUGCCUGCAGCACACCGCCGUCCCACCCUGAGCAGCACCAGUUGCAACCAAAAAUGUUCAAUUCUUAUUUCUCCCUGCCACGAGCUUAUCAACACACUCUCUAUACUCGCUUUGAGGACGACUUGAACAAAGUGGAAGGAAAAAAGGACAUCAGUGGGCACGGUGUUGCUGGAAGGGGAGGGGGAGUGGGAUACAGCAAGAGAAACAAAAUUGCAGUAGGCUCUGCAGGAGGCUGCCAACUCUCCAUGUCUUCCUCUUCUUUCUCCUCCAGCUCAGCCAGCAGUGAAAGCCUGGAAGACAAGUCCAUAUCAGCAGGCAGAGGGUUAAGUUUAUUAAGAACUGGCGCAGAGUACGUGAGUGCGGGAAUAUGCACAAAAGAUGGACGUCACCAGCAAAAACGUGGAUCAAGUAGUAAGAGCCCAAAGCAGCAAAGGAAGGGUCGCCCCCUCAGUGUGUCCUCAGAUAUGGCUAAAGCAAACACGCUGCCACGGGUGAAGGAGAAUCUGCCUCCCUCAGUGUCUCAAAACGUUGGUGAGUAUGUCAGUAUCGUCUACAAGGAGAAGAAUAAGUAUGACGGAGGACACAGACAUCCUGUGAUCCACGGAACCCUCCGGCCUGUGAAUCAACCGCUUCUCUGCCACAAUAGUCCUGCUAACCUUCCCCGCAGCUACUCGGCACCGCUGUCCACCUCUGCCGAAUACGUCACCAUGGACUUAGGGAAGACCUCAACACCCCUGACUCCUGUUAGGUCCACAUUCAGCAACCCACAGGGCCCACCAGCUGUUGUCCCCAAGGCCCAACACGAACACAGCACAGAGGGCAACACCGGGUACAGAACAAAAGUAAAGAUGGCAGCAAUGCCAACAGAUGCCUCAACUCCAUUUACAGACAACAAAGGUUCAGAUCCCAGCAUUUCAGCAAGAUCUGCCGUGCACUCUGGUCCACCAUCGUCCAUAGAACAGGAAACAGGUUUGGGUUUUUCCCCGGUCAAGUCCUUCAAGUCUCCUGAGCGGAGCACCAGCAGACUGGUCCGAGGUGACCCGCAGGGACGGUGGAGUCACCGCUCAGAGACGUUCAACUCACCUCCCUCUCUACCACGCCACCCACCCUCUUCUACCUCCCUCUUCACGGAGGGCAGCCAGGCAGCGAGCCAUCGGCAUGGCUUGGACUGCUCACUGUGGGAGAACGGACAGGCAGCAAGUUUGUCUGCCACGCCUCCACCGCAAGCCUCCACCUCAUCCGCUGUACAAGGCCUUAACUACAUUGACCUUGACUUGGCCGUUAAGGAGAGCCCUCAGGCUGGAGUGGAGCGCACCCCUGCCGCCUACAACACUGGAGGGGGUGCUAUGGGUAGCAGUGCUGGCUCCAGCCUCAACACUUAUGCCAGUAUUGAUUUCUACAAGUCAGAAGAACUGAGAGCACACCAGAGCAGUAGAAAGGACGGUCAAGAUUGUUGAUCAUCAUCGUCCUGGAUCUGAGUGAGACGCCGCCGCUGUGACUGCUCCACGCUCACUCUGUGUCCCGACCUGUUAACUGAAGUCCUAACACUGAAACCAUGGAAAACACAUCCCCAUCCUGUCUGCGGUUUUCUGUCAACCAAAUGUGUGCCAAACACACACACACACACACACACACACACACACACACACACACACACACACACACACACACACACACACACACACACACACACACACACACACACACACACACACACACACACACAGAAAAGUGUUUUUAGCCUUGUUUUGAAAAAAAGUGACAUUUGAUCAUCAUUUAAUUUCAAUAGAUAGAGGAUGACAGUUAAAUAUGUAAUUGUGCGAGUUCUCAGGUGGUCUCAUUACGCUGAUCAUGGCAGCCCUGAGUAUGUGGAGGUAUGCGCUCUAUGGCACUGAGUAGAGCACAUACCUCCACCGAGGCCCAACAGUCCCAUUCCUUAAAUUCCCUAAAUUGAACCUGCUCUAAAAGUUAAUGGGUUCUUUCUUGGCCCAUACAACACGUUUCAAUUAAAUGAUUUCAGAUACUGCAAAUUAACCUCCUUGGCAGAGGGAAUAAUCAUAAAUCACAUGGCAAAAAUGUCCAUCUGUGAAUUUUUUUAUUUCAAACACAUUUGCAUUUGUUAUUAGUGCAUGAGCUAUUUUCUAUCAUAUCAUUUAACUCAAGGCUCAAAAUGGCAGGUAGUAUUUUAAUGCCGCUUUAUCCUUUGUCUUUUUUUAAAGUCAAAUGCUCAUCAGGUGUCACUUUGACUCCAAAUAAGAAGAGAGGUUUCAUACACUCACACAUGCUCUGUCACUGUAAACAUAUUUAAUUUGUUGCAUACAGUUGCCCAAAAAAGCCUUUAUACUUCUUGACCACUUUUACUGUGCUACUGAAGGACUUCAAAGUGUGCUUAAUGUCCGAGGUACAAUUUAAUGACAUGAAUUCAAUGGAGAUAUAGUUUCCCGUUUAUUUUAAUAUAGCAGGAAAAUGACUAAAAUCCCCAAAACCUUAUGCAAAAGUUAGGUGUCAAUUUUCUGGUCAUAAUUUAUUUUCAAGUCAUGUUUAUUUAUAAAAGACAUUUAAAACAACCAGAGUUGAACAAAGGGCUGUACGAUAAAAACACAGAGAGAAUUCAAUUUAAUUCAAUUCUAAAAAGUGAAUACAAAUAAUUAAAGACAAGUAAAAGCCUCACAAAAUAUGGGAGUCUUGGAUUUAACUUGUAAUUCUUUAAUGGAAGGGAAACAUUUAUUUUUUGUAAGAGUUUGGGGGCAGCUACAGUAAACACGAGAUCGCCUUUAGCCUCGACCAAGCGACUGACAGGAGCAGCUGGUCAGUGGAUCUGAGGGAUCUAGGAGCAGAAAGGGGUCAGAGAAGCUCCGAGGUUAACUGGAGGGGCUUCAGGUCGUUUAAAGCUUUAAAAAACAAAUACAAGACGCUUACACUGAAUCUUAAAUUCGACCGGUGCAGGGAUGCAAUUGUGAGAUGCUGCCUCUCUUCCUGGUAUUAGUUAGAAGUAUGUCGGCGGCGUCUUGCACUUGGUGCAAACAGGAUAGAUCCAAAUAGAGGCCAUUUUACAUCAUUAACAUAACAUUGUUCUGCCCAGGGCUACAGCUUUUAACAAUAGUUAUACUGUAAUUCUGUGUUUUUCACACAGAGUUAAGUUUUGUCCCUGAAUCUCCAGAUGUGCACACACAGUGGAUAUACAGGAUUUUACACAUCCAGCUUCAGUUAUGCAACUAAACUAAUAUCCUGUCAUGUCAUACGGAUGAUUUUGAAAGGAGGCAGUCUGAGUAGUCAGUUGGAUUUUAGUCUCAAACUACACACCACUUAUGAAGCUACACACAAUUUCUAGUAAUACGAGACUAGAUUAUAUACAGUAUUUGGUUUGUAUUUGAUUAUAUCUCAUAUUAAUGCAUUUUGAAGAAGUGUGUCUCAGUGUAAAUACUUUUUUGGCAACUGUGCUUUUCUAUUCUAUUCUAACUGUAUAUGAUGCUAUAGUUUAUACUAUAGUACACAAGUAGAAGGACAGAAACUCUAGUGCAUACUGCAGGUUGUUUUCCUCAGUUGCACAACAGUGAACACAACUCUGAUAUAAAGUGACACAUUACAAUGGUAUAUAAGGUAAACAGUAUACAUAUAAUGAUUAAUACUAUAUAGCCUAGAUAACUAUAUACUCUUUUAUAAAGUGCCUCAUUUUUGAUUGUAGCUGUUUUUACACAGGUAAUCUUAAAAUGGGUUGUGAAAAUGGAUAAAAAAGGAGUGUUGUUUCUCUCUCGAGUCGAAAUCCUGCAUACGUUCAAACUUUUCAGAAGACGGACUGCAAACUUCUACUGCUAUCAGUCAACCAUGAUCAAAUUGCCUUACUUAUCAGAAACAGGAAAAAAAAAAUCUCAUUAUUUUUUGCAGUGCCUAACACAUCAGCCACAAUGUAAGCACUCCCUCACUCUUCUGUUUGGCUUUAUCAAGCUGAGGUUUGGCCAGCCCAAAAAAAAAUAAUAUAAUAAAUCAUUAAAAAAAAAGAAGAAAAAACAAAGCAAAGAAAAAAAAACAUCUAUUUCUCUUUCACGCUCUGGGACGUCCUCCUCUUCAGGCCCCGCAGUCCCGACUGUCAGCUGAUGGCGUGUCGCAGAUUCUCCAUCUGAGGCUGAGUAUUUGUCGACACUGUGCAGCUGGAAGCUCGUAGGAAAAAAAUAAGGAUUCUACAUUGUACAGAUUUUAAAUCAAGUUUUUAAGGACCUUCUGCAGUUUAACUUUCCCUCUUUUUAGAGCAAGUUCAAGAACCAAUACAGUUAAAACAGGAUCUUACUCAGUAUUAGACUAAAAAUCUAAAUUUUGCACUAAUUUUUUGAGGUUUGCAGGAUAUUUUGAACCCGAAACAAAUAUCGACUCCUCAGUGCUUAUCUGGGCUAAAACAGCAUUAACACACUCGUGUGUUGCUCUUAUUAUUUAGAUGUGAAUGAUCGAGAAGUGGAUUCAGUUCUCAGGAGGAGUGAAUAGUUCUAUUUCUCUCUCUGACUUUAUUUUUCUCCCUGCACUCACACAUAGGACUUGCUUUAAACUAUGAGCCAGUGUCACUCCAGCUCACAUUACUAAACAAAUUGCCAAAAACCACAAAAUCUAACAACAAUUCAGAGGUAUACUGUAAGUAGAUCGGCACUCAGAGAGCGUACACCUCCGCCAAGGCCCCACAGUCUCCUUGUGAAACCACUAGAUCUGAAUUCUUUGUUUGAUCUGCACCAAAGUGCUCAUACUCGUAAAUAUCAGUCCCCUGAACAUGUCUGAUUCAUAAAUUAUUCUCUGAGAAAUCAAGAAAAAUGUCGAAAACCCCUUUUCUCAUAAUGUUAAAAAAAAUUACCCUGAUCUGCACCAAAAUUAAAUGGGUUCAUCCUUGAUUAAUGUUCCAGCCCUCCAUAAAAAAGCAAAUCGGUUCAGUAGUUUUUGCGUAAUCCUGCAAAUUUAAACACAAACAAACUAGAAUGGCAUCAUAGUGCUUAACUCUAACAAGGCCCAACAGUUCCCUUAAUUUAAAUCAAGCUGCACCAAAUUCCAGUUCCCUAAAUGUGCCUGAUUUUUCUACAUCAAGAUCCAUGACUUAUUCCCUAAACA